AUGAGGGAUCUGCAAACAGAUGCUGAAGAGAACGGGCAGCAGUUAGAUCAUGAAAACACAGCUUCAAGCUUGCUGCAGGAUCACUAUCUUGAUUCAUCUUGGAGAACUGACAACAGUCUUCCAUGGACGUUGGACAGCAGCAUUAGCGAAGAAAACAGGGCUGCCAUUGAGAAAAUGUUGUUGGAAGAAGAAUAUUAUUUAUCUAAUAAAUCACUUUCUGAAAAAAUAUGGCUCAAUCACAAGGAAGCGGAGAAAAGAACUAUGAAAAGCCCACAUAAGAAAACUGGAAAAGUCAUGGUGCGAUCACCUACAAAAUCAGCUAGCUACUCAUUAAAGUGGACAUCAGAAGAAAAAGAACUGUUUGAACAAGGACUGGUGAAAUUUGGCCGCCGGUGGACAAAAAUUGCCAAGUUGGUUGGAAGUCGUACUGUUCUACAAGUAAAGAGCUAUGCUCGGCAGUAUUUUAAGAACAAGGCAAAAAAUGGUGAUUCUGAAAAAGAAGAGCAAAGUCAGUGUGGGAGCAGUCUUCCCAUUGAAGAUGGGAUAAGGGUAGAAACGUGGUCAUCUGGAAACUUGAGAGGCCGUGCAGACCCCAAUCUGAAUGCAGUGAAAAUUGAAAAGCUGUCAGAUGAUGAAGAAGUAGACAUAACUGAUGACAUGGAUGAACUACUUUCACCUACCUUCCAGCAAGAAACUGGAAAAUCUGAAUUAUCUGUUAUUUCAAAAAGUCCGGUUGAAGAAACGAAAGGAAUGGAACAUGGUUUUUCAUCUGUUGGACACAGUUCUGCGAUUCCUUUACCUAAAGAAGAUCCUCAACAUACCAAGCAAGAUACAGUGGAUGCAUUAGUAUUUCCAGGUGUUGCAGCAACAUGUUCUCAGCACCUGAAUGGUGAUAAAUCUGUGAACUUAGAUUACCAGCAAUACCAUAAUUUCAUUGAGAAAGCUGAACAAGGCAGACUAGUAACAUCUCAUGGUACUAGACAACUGACUCAUCAGGAGAUUAAUGAGGAACAGAGGGACCUGGCUGAUAAUGGAUUGCUUUUUCCUUCUCCCUGCCAAGUGGAUGAAGAUCAUCAAGAAGAAGCAGAGGAGCUUAAGCCGCCUGAUCAAGAAGUGGAGGUUGACAGAAGCAUUAUUCUGGAAGAAGAAAAGCAAGCUAUUCCUGAAUUUUUUGAAGGGCGCCAGGCCAAAACACCAGAGCGUUAUUUGAAAAUUAGGAAUUAUAUUUUGGAUCAAUGGGAGAGAUGUAAACCCAAAUACCUGAAUAAGACCUCAGUACGUCCAGGCUUGAAGAACUGCGGUGAUGUUAACUGUAUCGGACGGAUCCACACAUACUUGGAAUUAAUAGGAGCGAUUAACUUUGGCUGUGAACAGGCUGUCUAUAACCGACCCCAACCAGCUGAUAAAACACGAUCCAAAGAAGGCAAAGACACAGUGGAAGCGUACCAGCUUGCUCAGCGCUUGCAAUCCAUGCGUACGAGAAGACGGCGAGUGCGAGACCCCUGGGGAAACUGGUGUGAUGCAAAGGAUUUGGAAGGACAGACAUUUGAGCAUCUGUCUGCUGAAGAAUUAGCAAGAAGAAGAGAGGAAGAAAAACUGAAACCUGCAAAAUCUUCUAAAGGUUCAAGACAAAUAAAAAGUUCCUUUGAUCCCUUUCAGCUGAUACCGUGCUGUUUAUUCACUGAAGAAAAACAGGAACCUUUUCAGGUGAAAGUGUCUUCCGAAGCACUUUUAAUAAUGGAUUUGCACUCUCAUGUGUCUAUGGCAGAAGUGAUCGGGUUGCUAGGUGGAAGAUACUCUGAAGCUGAUAAAAUUGUAGAAGUCUGUGCAGCAGAGCCGUGCAAUAGUCUCAGUACAGGACUGCAGUGCGAGAUGGAUCCAGUAUCUCAAACACAGGCCUCGGAAACGCUGGCUGCCAGAGGAUACAGUGUUAUCGGAUGGUACCAUUCCCACCCGGCCUUUGACCCCAACCCCUCAAUACGAGAUAUUGACACUCAAGCUAAAUACCAGAGUUACUUCUCCAGGGGUGGUGCCAUGUUCAUUGGAAUGAUCAUAAGUCCUUACAACCGAAAUAAUCCUCUCCCGUAUUCUCAGAUUACUUGUCUGGUAAUUAGCGAUGAGAUCAGUUCUGAUGGUUCCUACCGCCUGCCCUACAAAUUUGAAGUACAGCAGAUGUUGGAGGAGCCUCAGUGGGAAUUAGUAUUUGAAAAAACAAGGUGGAUAAUUGAAAAAUACAGAUCCUGCCACAGCAGUGUCCCCAUGGAUAAAAUUUUUCAUAGAGAUUCUGACCUGACUUGUUUGCAGAAACUUUUGGAGUGCAUGCGGAAGACUUUGGGCAAGGUAACUAACUGCUUCAUUGCUGAAGAGUUCUUGACUCAGAUAGAAAACUUAUUCCUUUCCACGUACAAGAGUGAGAAAAAGAAUAAUGCCGAAGACAAUGAGAAUGAAUGUCCAAGUGAAUUGUCAAUGUGA